ACAUGGAAAACUGAGAUUUGGCAAAUAACAUAUAAAGAGAGGCUUAUUUGACGCCAAACCAACAACAGUAGUUACUAAAACAUAAAUUGCUAAUGUAUGAUUUAAAAGGUGGAUUUUAUGAUGUAAUGUCAACUUUAUAUAUUUCUAUCCCGGGACUAUUCCAUUUUGAACUCACCCACAGCAAUUCUCCAUAAAUCUGCUGUGGAUUACCCAGAAUCCCGAAAUAAAUUAAUACAUAUGUGAUAAUUCAAAAACAUAACUGGUUGUGUUUAUAGGGAACCAGAUCGUGAACACAACUAAGUUACUAAGUCUUUAACCACACUGUGUUGUUACACUGGUGAGUAAAAACUCAUGCUUCCUACACUAACUUUUUGUCUGAACAUUAUAAUAUAUAUUUUACGUCACACUAGCGUCAUUGUCUUAAAGUCGCACAUCUCCAUCGCAGUCAGAGGUUCAGACUGAGCGUUACCCACUCCAGUCAACAGAUGGCGGUGUGCGAUUUUAAGGCAAUGCUGUUAGCGUGACGUAUAAUCUAGUGAACGGAACGCAAUGCUAUUAGUGUGACGUAUAAUCUAGUGGACGGAACGCUUCUUUCAGCAGCAGCAACAGUUAUUCAGCCACCUCGGUAGCUUGCUAGACAAGAUAGACGAACCAAUAAAGCUCUUUAGACGCUUUAGUGUAUAUUAGCCACUGUAUUUUAAACCCUCGUCUGUCGUCUAGUUAGUUAGUUAUCCUAUUUCAUUUCAUGUUUACGGUGUUGUUGUUAUUAUUCAGCUGGCGGGCUGGUUAAAUUAGCAUUAGCCUAGCUAGCUAACAUCUCCGACCAUGAGUUCACUAAAUUACUCUCUUCCUGCUGAAGAAGAGACGGUCUGCUGGACGGAGAAAGAAGCUCUCAUCAAAGAGGAGGAGGAAGAGAAGGAUGUUACAAAACAAAAACAAGUAGAGGGUGAGGUUGUUACCCUGAAAGAAGAAGAGAAAGACGUUACAGUGAAAGAAGAGGAAGACGUUACAGUGAAAGAAGAGGCGUUCAGAGUGAAAGAGGAGGAGGGUGUUACAGUAAAAGAUGAGGAGGAUUCAGUUUUUGAAGUGAAAGAGGAGGGGGAGAUUGCGGUCUCAUCGGAAGAAGAGGAGGAGGAAACUGGAUAUCUGGGCCCGAUUUCCCAAACGCAAUUUAAGGCAUCCAGUGGUUCUAAAGAUGAACUUAGCCAUAAGAUGGUUUUGAGAAACCGGGCCGUGAUUACCACUGGAGAGAGACGGGACUAUCGUGGAUCCUUUGGGGAGCCUCAACAACCUCAUGAUGCUGACGAGGCAGAGAAGAGUCUCUCCAGAUCAGAACGCCUCAAACACCUGCAGAGAUCCACAGGGAAGAGAACUCACUGCUGCUCUGACUGUGGGAAGAGAUUCACCUCAUCAGGCAUUAAAAUGCAUCAGAGAACACACACAGGAGAGAGAUCUUAUAGCUGUGAUCAAUGUGGGAAGAGUUUUACUACAUCUAGCAAUCUGACUAUACACCAGAGAAUACACACAGGAGAGAAACCUUAUAGCUGUGAUCAAUGUGGGAAGAGUUUUACUACAUCUAACAAUCUGACUAUACACCAGAGAAUACACACAGGAGAGAAACCUUAUAGCUGUGGUCAUUGUGGGAAGAGUUUUACUGCAUCUGGCUCUCUGACAUUGCACCAGAGAAUACACACAGGAGAGAAACCUAAUAGCUGUGGUCAAUGUGGGAAGAGUUUUUGUCAAUCUAGUGAUCUGACAGUGCACCAGAGAACACACACAGGAGAGAAACCUUAUAGCUGUGGUCAAUGUGGGAAGAGUUUUACUACUUCUGGCUAUCUGACAUUACACCAGAGAACACACACAGGAGCGAAACCUUAUAGUUGUGGUCAAUGCGGGAAGAGUUUUACUACUUCUGGCUAUCUGACUUUACACCAGAGAACACACACAGGAGAGAAACCUCAUAGCUGUGAUCAAUGUGGGAAGAGUUUUAGUCAAUCUGGCCAUCUGACAGUGCACCAGAGAACACACAGAGGAGAGAAACCUUAUAGAUGUGAUCAAUGUGGGAAGAGUUUUACUUCAUCUAGCAAUCUGACUAUACACCAGAGAAUACACACAGGAGAGAAACCUUAUAGUUGUGAUCAAUGUGGGAAGAGUUUUUGUCAAUCUAGUGAACUGACAGUGCACCAGAGAACACACACAGGAGAUAAACCUUAUAGCUGUGAUCAAUGUGGGAAGAGUUUUAGUCAAUCUAGCAAUCUGACAUUACACCAGAGAACACACACAGGAGAGAAACCUUAUAGCUGUGAUCAAUGUGGGAAGAGUUUUACUAGAUCUAGCUAUCUGACAGUGCACCAGAGAACACACUCAGGAGAGAAAUCGUAUAGCUGUGACCAGAGGUAAUCUGAUAAAAGAUCUCUGACUAAACAUCAGAAAAUACAUGGAGUUGUUUCAUGAUAUCAAUGAAUUAAUGUCACAAUGUAGAAUGUUUUAACAUUGUAGUAGGAGUAUUUUAUUGAUGUCAUAAUGUAGAACCCUAAAUGUUUGUCCCCUGUUGUAUUGAUUUCAACAUGAUAUGGAUAUUAGCCUCAGGGGGAAAAUCCAGGCUCUGAAUUGAAAGAGUACUAUUUAUGAGAUUUAGUAAGUACACAUUAUUCCCAGAUUCUGUGUGGUUUUUGAGCUGCUAGUUUUAACAGGACGUGCAACCUCAUCUCCCUCCUGCCACAUAAAUGAUUUUAGCAUGAAAUCGAUUAGUUUUGACAAAUAAGUGUUGCGUUCCUUUGUUUAGCGACCCCUACAUUUAAAUGCAUUCCAACAUCACGUACAACCUGAUUUCCCCCCUAAUCGAUAUCAGUGAUUUAUUGCUACUUGUCAAAACAGCGUUUCUGGUGCUUGUGCAGUUUAUAAGGAGCUUGUUUAAAAAAAUACAAGAAAUAUGAUUAUUGUGGCAGAUGUUUGUGUAAAUAGCACAUGUUAUGUUUAGGUUUUCAAUUUAUCCCAAACUGUUUCUGCAUAUUGGUUAUUGAUUUGGACAUGUUAAAACUGUGUUUUGACAUUGAAGCUAUUGAAGCUAUAUAACUUUUAGUAAUCAUAAUUAUUUAUGCAAUCAACUGACAAUUUUCGGGUAUAAAUAUAUUGACAUUGUUGCCCUUCUUUUAGAAUAGCAGGGUUAAUUCUCAGAUGUGCCAACCCAAAUGUACUAGAGCAUGACAUUGGGGACUGGGCCCCGAUCCAACAACAUGCCUAUCGAGUGAUCCCUGAAAAGAGAGAGAAGCUCCGCAGUGAGGUGGAAAGUUAGUACGGAUAUUGCAGGAGUUUCCUCUUGAAAUCAGACACGUCCGUGGUAAGGACAACUUGGUUGCUGAUUGUCUCAAGGGGGGCAGUCAAAAAGAUUUGUGUUUUGCGUUUAGCCAGUGAGUUGCCAUGGAUCACAGUUUAUUUUGACUGCACGGUUUUCCGUAUUGGAGAUGAGUUUUGUUUGGGCUCGUUCCAAGGGGACGAGAGUUCUAGAAGGGAAAAAAUAAUAGUUUAGGAAUCUAUAGAAAGAAAAGGAGAAAAUAUACGAUAUUAUUAUACGUUGUGUUUAUUAUUAAUUAGAAAUGUUUUUUUCUUGUUUUUAAUUGUUGACAGCCAGUAGACACCAUGUUUAUAUUGGUGAAGCAUUGUAGUUGAUUAUAAUGUGAAAUGGAAGUUGUUUUCUGUUGGUGGUGAGCAAACUUGUCCAACAAAAAUAUAGGAUAUAUUAAGGGGGAAGGUGUUACAGGCUUUGGUUUUUCCAUUUAUGUUUUGAGGUUGGACUUUAGAGCGUAUUGCUCCUUAGCACGUAUAGCUUGUUAGCACGUAGGAUGCACUGAUAAGUGUCACCUCGUUAGUCAGUAUGUGUUACACCUGUGCUGGCUUGUCCAUCUCGUUAGUGGGAAGGUGUUUCACCUGAGCUGGUCCAGGUUCUAUUUAAGAGUGUCUGGCCCAGUGCUCCACUUGUCUUGAUAGACGUGGAGAGUCAACACCUUUAGUUGCUCCACUUUUUUGGUUUGCUUCCUGUCUUUAAGUUUAUUGUGGGCUUUUAUUUAGUUUUCCUCUUCUUGGGCAGAUUUAGUGGGUCUCAUGGUGGGUGUCUUUUCGGUCCCAGUUGUUGUUACUAGUCAACUUUCAUUGGACACCCCAUAGUGACUUUCAGAGCCCAUCCUAAAAAACAAGCUUAUAUUUUUGGACUGGAUAUUUUAAUAUAUGGCAUUUCCUUAGGAUGCUCAUUAGUCUUUAAGUUGGUAUUAUUGUUUUUUUAUCCUCUUAUGUUUGUGUACUAAAUAUUCGUGUUUAUUUUCAUUGUUUUCUCCUGAGAAGCCAUUGUGUUGCAUGUCUGAAAUGUGCUGUAUAAAUAAAGCUUGAUUUGAUUUGAACAUAUUGCAAAACAAAUUA